CCGCCCGCCGUGCGUCGGUGCGUGAGUCCGGACCCCACGAGCUCGCGAGCGGUCUUGAGCUCACACCCGGCUUCUCCUCAGCCUUAUCCUGCGCGCCGCCAUCACCGUCAUGCUAGGCGCCGCUGUCCGCCGCUGCUCGGUAGCAGCAGCCGCAGUCGCCCGGACCAGCCCUCGAGGCCUCCUGCACCCCACUCCGGCCCCCGGCCCCGCCGCCGGUGAGGUUUGUUAUCAAUAUGAGAUGAAGAGGUUUUAUGCAAUUAAAAGUCAGAAAGGACUAAGAUUCUUGGAUGAGGCUAUCCAAGGUCAAGUGAAAGAGCUCUGGAGGGGUUACCUGAGGGGCCUCAAGUUUGCUGUAGCUAUCCAGUCCAUUCGCUGCUACUCCCAUGGGUCACAUGAGACAGAUGAGGAGUUUGAUGCUCGCUGGGUGACAUACUUCAAUAGGCCAGAUAUUGAUGCUUGGGAAUUGCGUAAAGGGAUGAACACCCUUGUUGGCUAUGAUCUGGUUCCAGAACCCAAAAUCAUUGAUGCUGCUUUGCGGGCAUGCAGACGCUUAAAUGAUUUUGCUAGUGCAGUCCGCAUCCUAGAGGUUGUUAAGGACAAAGCAGGACCUCAUAAGGAAAUCUACCCCUAUGUCAUCCAGGAACUUAGACCAACUUUAAAUGAACUGGGAAUCUCCACUCCAGAGGAACUGGGCCUUGACAAAGUAUAAACCCCAUGGAUGGGCUUCCUAAGGAUUUAUUGAUAAUGCUACUUGAUUGUAAACAAUCACCUGGAAAUACUGAUGAAAACAUAUUACCUUAUUUGAACAAGUUUUCCUUUGUUGAGUACCAAACCAUGUAAUGUAACUUGGACUUUAAUAAAAGGGAAAUGAGUUUGAACUGAAA